UGGAGGCGGGGCGCUAGAGGGGGCAGAUGCUCAGUCACCCCACUCGCCUCCCAUGCACAAGGGCCUGGAGUUCACAGCUGGCACUGCCAGAGAGUCACAGGGAGCGAGGCCUCAGUAGAGGUGCUGGCAGGAGCUGAGCCGGGCAGGGUCCCUCCAGCCCCGGACUCUCCAUGUUCCCUCUCUGCCCCCUGGCGUGGCGGCUCUCAUGCUGCGCUGGCCUCUCUCUGCAGGCCACGACACCACAGCCAGUGGCCUCUCCUGGGUGCUGUAUAACCUGGCCUGUCACCCUGAGUACCAGGAGCGCUGCCGCGAGGAGAUCAAGGACUUAAUGCGGGACAAGGAGUCAGAAGAGAUUGAAUGGGAGGACCUGUCCCAGAUGCCCUUCUGCACCAUGUGCAUCAAGGAGAGUCUGCGCCUGCACCCACCCGUCACGGCCGUGUCCCGGCGCUGCACCGAGGACAUCAAACUGCCCGACGGACAUGUCCUACCCAAAGGGAACGUCUGUCUGAUCAGUAUCUACGGGACACAUCACAAUCCUGCUGUCUGGCCGGAGCCCCAGGUCUAUAACCCGCACCGCUUCGACCCACAGAACUCCAAGAACAAGCCCCCACUGGCCUUCAUGCCCUUCUCUGCUGGACCGAGGAACUGCAUCGGGCAGAACUUCGCCAUGGCAGAGACGAAGGUGGUGCUGGCGCUGACGCUGCUGCGCUUCGCCGUGCGGCUGGAUGAGAGCAGGCCUGUGCGCCGCAAGCCCGAGCUGAUCCUGCGCAGCGAGAACGGGCUGUGGCUGCACCUGGAGCCGCUGGGGCCCAGCCAUGAGAGCCGGCCCCCCGCAACGUACUCCUAGGGCCAUCCACUGCCACCCGCUGCGGGGGAUCCAGCCUGCUCCACACAGCUCAGGGGCCUGCCGAGUGGCAGACCAGGUGGGGAUCAUGGUGGGGCCAGAGCAGCAGAUUUACUAGCUCGCAAGGCUAAAAAUAACCAACGCAACCAAAAAAGCA